AACCUCCCGGUGAACUCUACGUUCUCCUUCCCUUGCACGAUCUCGAGCGAUUAGGGUUUUUGCUGUUUCUUUUCGAUGGCUCUCGUGGUGAUCUGCGGGCAGCCUUGCAGCGGUAAGUCGACGGCGGCCGCCUGCCUCGCCGACGCUAUCCAGUCCGUGGACGGUCCCAAACCGUCGGUGAGGAUUAUAGACGAGUCCUCCCUCCACCUUGGUCGGAACCAAAGCUACGCCGGUAUCCCUUCCGCGCGCUUUGAAACAUAUGUGUGUGUCGGAUGAUAUGCCAAUGGAGAAAAACCUGAGGGGUGUGCUUAGAUCAGAAGUUGAUAGGUCAUUAUCUAAAAACAACAUCAUAAUUGUGGACUCUUUAAACAACAUUAAGGGUUAUAGAUACGAGCUCUGGUGCCUUGCUCGAGCUGCUGGAAUAAGAUAUUGCGUGGUCUUCUGUGAUACUGCUGAUGAUACCUGUAGGCAAUGGAAUAGAAUACGGGAAGAAAUGGGGGAAUCUUCAUAUGAAACAAAGAUAUUUGAGGACUUGGUGCAGAGAUUCGAGAAACCUGAAAGAAGGAACCGCUGGGAUUCCCCACUUUUUGAAUUAUUUCCUUCUAAAGAUGGAAUAUCACAGUCAUCAUCAGUAAUUGUUGAUGCUGUAUCACAUCUUACAAAAAAGAUUGAUUCAAAAACCCGAGAUGUUAAAGUUCUUCAACCUACCAUUGCUACUCAAACUGCUCGUGCAACAGAUGCCAAUUCCCUAUACGAGAUGGAUAAAGCAACUCAGGAGGUGAUUAAUAUAAUUGUUGAAGCACAAUCUCAGGGGCUUGCAGGAUCAAGUAAUAGGAUAUCUAUGGGCCAUACCUUACCUGCCAUAGAUGUUCAUCGACCGAUUGGGUUGCCUGAGCUUCGCAGCCUUCGACGCACCUUCAUUAAGCUAACAGGUCAAUACAGCCUGAGCGGCCCUCCUCCACCAUCAGACGCAGAGAGUGCAAAGAGAAUGUUCAUAGACUACUUAAAUAGGGAAAUCGGUGCUGCUUAGCACCAUCCCCAUUUUUCUUUUGUAAGCUGAGUAAGUUAUUGGGACUUUUAUGGUCACAUUGGUGAUGUUACAAUUUUACAAUUGUAGUCGAACUAUUAUUUCUACAUCAAGGUAAAAUGACUGUUUCAUCUUUUGAUGAAUCUAGAGUCAUCUUUGAGAGCA